ACCAAACAAAAAGUCUUUCCCCCACCUCAGUUACGAAGCUCGGCCACGCCCCCCGCUCGCGACUGUUGGCUCCGGAUCUCCCGAGCCGCCUGUGUCAGUAAGUUGAGAGCUGCCCGUUGGCGGGGACCGAGGAGAGCGCGGCUUCGGGAGAGAGACUUCACCGACCCGAGCAUCCACGCUAGCGGCCUCGGCUACGCGCUGGCCCCACCGGUGCUCAUUCAGCGGCCGCGGGAGGGCGAAGCCGCCGCCGCUGCUCCCCUCCUUCCCCGGGAGGGAGGCUGAAGUGAGAGCGGGACCAUGUUGCGCCUUGUUUCGCUCAAGUUCGGCCGCCUGUACCGCUACGUGAAGCUGCUGUUCGUGGCCAGCCUGCUGGUGUUCAUGCUGCUCAACACGCACUCGCUGCUCGCCUCCUUCCAGCGCAACGAGCUCACCGAGCGCCGCUUCCUCAGCCUGAACAAGUGCCCGGCGUGCUUCGGGACCAGCUGGUGCCGCAAGUUCAUGAACGGGCAGCUGAGCUUCGAGGGCUGGGGCAGGGUGCGCUUCCUGGACUUCUUCAACGUCAAGAACGUUCACUUCGCGCAGUACGGGGAGCCCCGGGAGGGCAGCCGCCGCGUCGUGCUCAAGCGCCUGGGCUCCAACCAAGAACUGGCCGAACUCGACCAGAGGAUCUGCAAGAGGGCGACCGGGCGGCCCCGCUGCGACCUGCUCCAGGCCAUGCACAAGACCGACUUCGCCCGGCUCAACGGGGACGUCCGCCUGCUCACCCCGGACGUGGUGGAGGGCUGGUCGGACCUGGUGCACUGCCCCUCUCAGCGGCUGCUGGACAGGCUGGUCCGCCGCUAUGCCGAGACCAAGGACUCGGGCAGCUUCCUGCUCAAGAACCUCAAGGACACGGAGCGUAUGCAGCUGCUGCUCACCCUGGCCUUCAACCCGGAGCCGCUGGUGCUGCAGAGUUUCCCAUCAGAUGAAGGCUGGCCUUUUGCUAAAUACUUGGGAGCGUGUGGCAGAAUGGUGGCCGUGAACUAUGUAGGAGAAGAGCUCUGGAGUUUCUUUAAUGCUCCCUGGGAGAAGCGAGUGGAUCUUGCCUGGCAGCUAAUGGAGAUUGCGGAACAGCUCACAAACAAUGACUUUGAAUUUGCACUUUACCUCUUGGAUGUCAGCUUUGACAACUUUGCUGUAGGACCUCGUGAUGGGAAAGUAAUCAUUGUUGAUGCAGAAAAUGUCUUGGUAGCAGAUAAAAAGUUAAUUAAGCAACAUAAACCCGAAAACUGGGACGUGUGGUAUGAAAGCAAGUUUGAUGACUGUGACAAAGAAGCUUGCCUUUCUUUCUCUAAAGAAAUUCUUUGCUCUCGUACUACUGUGGACCAUAACUAUUACGCCAUUUGCCAGAACCUUCUGUCUAGACAUGCUACAUGGCGUGGAACUUCUGGUGGCCUCCUCCAUGACCCUCCAGCAGAAGUUGCCAAAGAUGGCCUCCUUGGGACAUUGUUGGACGAAUGUGCGAACCCAAAGAAAAGAUAUGGCAGAUUUAAAGCUGCCAAGGAAUUAAGAGAAUACCUUGCACAACUAAGCAAUAAUGUGAGGUAGCCCAUACUAUUUUUGGAUUUUUUUUUCCUCCUUUAGUCAAUUAAAGAUUUAAUUAGUUAGAGGACGUACAGGUUUCAAUGACUAUUGUAUAUUCAGAAGUUCUAACUUAUAAAUAGAGGCGUUAUGAAUGCCAUGGAAUUGACCUAAGGUGGCACAGUGCGGUAUACAAUCCCUUGCAAUCAUGCCAGUACAUGUUCUCAUCUAAUUAGAACUUCUGGAACUAUUGAUUUCUCUCUGAUUACCUGAGGGAAAGAUCAAAUGCUGAUCUCCAGGUCCCUGGGGAUAAUAGACUUUGGUAGCUUAAUUGAUUAUUCAUGUGUCAAAAAGUAGUUGACAUGACAUAUUACAUUGGUAUCACAAUUUUUGUGAAGCUAAUGCCUUUACUUGGAAAGUUCAAGUUAAGACCGCUGGCCUGUUUUAAAGGCUUUUUUUCUUACGUCAUUUCAUAUUUGUAUGUAGAAAACACCAGUUUCUGGCUCUUGAGUUAUAUUUGGGAUCUUGUCUUUGUCGCGUCCUGUUUCCAGUCGGACAAGUUCAUGGAAAAAGUACUGUAUUAUUAUUAUUUUUUUCUUUUUUAAUUUAAAGGGCAGGACUCCCAUAUUGUCUGUCUCUUUCAUUUUUCUUUUGUAAUGGCUUUGAUUUAUGCUGUAAUUGUUAUCCUGGUUCUACAUUAAAAUUUAGUCAUUCUUGGG